AUGGAAUCUUCAUUCCCAUUUGGAGUGACCCUUGCUGUCCUGUCCUCCCUCAUCAUUGCAGCUAAUUCACUCGUGGCUGUGGCUGUGCUGUUUUUGAUCCACAAGAACGAUGGUGUGAGUCUCUAUUUCACCUUAAAUCUGGCUGUGGCCGACACUGUGCUUGGCGUAGCCAUCUCUGGCCUGGUCACUGACCAACUCUCCAGCCCCACUCUACCCACACAGAAGACCCUCUGCAGACUUCGGAUGGCAUUUAUCACUUCCUCAGCAACUGCUUCUGUCCUUACAGUCAUGCUGGUUGCCUUUGACAGGUACCUUGCCAUCAAGCAGCCUCUCCGCUACUUCCAGAUCAUGAAUGGGUUUGUGGCUGGGAUCUGUGUUGCUGGACUGUGGAUAGUGUCCUACCUCAUUGGCUUCCUCCCAUUUGUAGUCCCCAUAUUCCAGCAGACCACCUACCAGGGACCCUGUAGCUUCUUCUCUGUGUUUCACCCAGUCUACGUGCUGACCCUCUCCUGUGCUGGCUUCUUCCCAGCUCUGCUCAUCUUCAUCUUCCUCUACUGUGACAUGCUCAAGAUUGCCUCAGCACACAGUCAGCAGAUCCGAAAGAUGGAACAUGCAGGAGUCAUGGCUGGAGCUUACAGGCCAUCACGAACUCUUAGUGACUUCAAAGCGAUCCGCACCGUGGCUGUUCUAAUUGGAAGCUUCACUCUGUCCUGGACCCCCUUCCUGAUCACAGGCAUUGUGCAAGUGGCCUGCCAGGAGUGUCACCUCUACAUAGUGUUGGAACGCUACCUGUGGCUACUGGGUGUGGGCAACUCCCUACUCAACCCACUGUUCUAUGCCUAUUGGCAGAAAGAUGUGCAGCAGCAGCUCUACCAGAUGGCCCUAGGAGUGAAGAAGGGGCUUGCCUCACUACUUCUCUUCCUUUCAGUCACGGAUCGUGGCCCAGCGAAGCCCAGAGGACGCUCCUGUCACAUUGACACUAUCUCCUAG